AUGCUUUUAAAGGCGAACAAAACGCUGCAUGACUUCCCGUUCCACCCCUACUGGUUCGGGCGAAAGCCCAGCAUGAAGAAUGUCAUUGACAGCGACUUCACCUUUAGCUGCCUCGAGGAAUUCUACCUCUUCCGAUUCGCAAACAUUACCACCUUUAAUUUACUAAACCUAAACCACUCCAGCGAUAAUUAUGCUAACGUAUGGUUCGACAACCUGGACAACUUAAUUAAGUGCUUUCAAAUAAAAUGGUCUUCAAACAAGUCCAAGAUUCAUUUGUACGAAAAGUACCUGCAUGCCAAGUACCCAGUGAACGACACGUUCGAUUAUAGGAACCCGCGGCGCUUCUACUGA